AUGCCUCCACCCACUGCCGCCGGCUCGGCGCACUUCAAUUCUCCAAAGCUGAUUCCUGGUCUGACUCCAGCCUCCAACUCCCAGGAGGUUCCUCAGGGCUCUGUAACCGGUGAGAUCGUCACUGCUCAGCACAGUGUCAAUUCAGCUGCCGAAACCUCGUCCGAUCAUGCCUAUCUCUCUGCUGGAUCAGGUACUGAUCACUUCCUCGAGGUGUACAAGCGCAGACGCAUCGUUCACAACCCAACCGUGCAACGUCUUUCUCAGCAGCAUCUCGCUCGUGCCAGCUUUGACAGCGAUUCUGUCAAGGCCUUGUUCAACUCUGAACCUUCUGCGGUUACCAGUGACCAGGCUCAAAACAACAGAAACGCAAGCAUGCCCAUCACAUCCAAGGCUACAGGUUUCGGCCUCGGCGCCUUCCACAACAUCGCUGGCCUUUCUGGUCCUGACGGAUCUGUCCAUCACACCCUUCCCCACAAUACGAUGCCUGGUUUCACUGGCGUCGCUAACAACACCGGCAACCACCCCGCCAUUGAUCCUAUUGGAAGUGUUUCCGAUGGCGCUAAUGUCUCGCGUGUUCCUUUCACUCCCCAGCCUACUGGCUUCGUGAUCCCUGGUCUCGGCGCUCUUCCCAAGCCUCUCGAUCUUGACGACAAGAAGACUCCUAUUUCUUCUACACUAAAGACACGCUCACUUCUGGCUGAACCCCACUCACACGGUCAUGGUGGUUCUUCAAGCAUCUCUGGCCUUCCUCAGCAGAGUGCCUCUGAAUUUGUCAACGAGUCUGCCACACAGACCCAGCAAAAGCCUCUUGGCGUUGCUGCUCUUGAGACUGGCACCCAAUUGAGCCUACCCAAGCAGGAUUCGUCUGAUUCGUCCAAGGUUCUUGCUGCUGGUCAGGUCGAGAAGCCCACGAUUGAGGAUUAUGUCUCGCCCAAUGCUUCCGCUGUUCCCAAGAAGUCGCAGGCCACCACCUCUCCUUCUGGUGCCACCAAGGAAGUAGAGUACAUUCGCCCUUCAGGUCCUCCACCUGUUUGGGUUCAGAAGCAGGCACCUCGCAUGUUCAAGCAGGUUCGUACUCAGAACAACGGCCACUCUUUCGAGACUUUCGGAGGAGCCAGUUCCAUCCUCAGUGGCAUGAACCCUGACCACUACUCGAUGCCCUAUGGCGUAAGUAAAAAUUUACAUGCCUCCCCCGCAUCACCAGCUAACCAUGUCAAAGNNUCGCAAGUGGUUGCUAUCAAGUGCCCUAAUCUCGAUGACAUCCUCAUGUCCCAUCAGACUGGAUUCUGGGCCACAAACCAGAACGUCAUGACACGCAUCAUGGAUUUGCACACCAACCGCGAGGAUCCCUCCAUGAAGACUCUGUUUCUCUGGUCGAUGCCUGGCAGCAAGCACUUUUGUGGUCUCUCAGAGCUCCAAGCUUUCGAUCCCGAUGUCGAAACUGACUUCUGGGACAAGGAAACUGGCAAGUGGACCAAGCUUCAGGNNGGUAAGCCAUUCUUUGACCCUUUGGUCUCUAGCUACUCUGUACUGACCAAUUCUCAGCNNUAUACCGAAGGUACCGGCCGUGAGGUCGUCAAGGCUUACGUUGAGGCACCCCACGUUGAGAACAUGCUUGCUGCACCUACUGGAGACUUCUUCCGUCGUGCUAUGGAGCACAGCAAGAUUGCCACAGUCCCUCCUAUGGGUCCUAAGUUUUUCGGCCGUGGAGGUUACCGUGGUCGUGGUACCUACAGAACCAACCGUAGAGGCACCAUUGAGAAUGGCAAGAUGGACAGCAGAGCUCAGCCUGCGUCGAUGCCAGGCUCAGUUGCCAAGGAGGAGGGCAAGGAGACCAUCUCCGCUCAAUCCAACGCUACAUCGCCUGAGCAGCACCGUGACCGCGGCGAGCCUGAACUCCAGAUCCUGCCUGUCCUCAAGUACGCCGAUGGAACCAUGACUACUGCGCCAGAUGCUCAUGGAAAGACCAUGCCUGUCACUCCUCACAAGAGACUUGCUAGCACAGAGACUUCUCUUGCAGAGAGAUCCAACUUGCUGGGUCAGGUUCAGGCUCAGAGCUCCCAUGCCGAGGCACCUCACUCGCUGUCUUGGGUCCAAGGUUCUCGCGUUGACAGAUCCAACUCGCUUGGUCAGACCCACAGCGGCCACACUUCGCAGAGCUCCAAUGUGCCUCCCGUCAUGCGCAACUCUGCCACUAUUGGCACAAGCUUGGCUAGCAACGAACAGAUCAUCCAGCGCAAGUCUGGCUCGAUCUUCAACGAAGGUGGCAACAACCGCAUCUCUUUCGAGAUGCCUCCCNCACGCAAGCCUUCCGUUGCCCAACACGAAUCUGCCCUUUACUCGGAGCACCGCAGCUUCAGCACUCCUCGUACUAUGCCGAACACAAACAGAUUCAUGCACAACAUCGAGACUUGGUCUUACAAGCCAGUGACUCCUCCUCAGCCUGCUGCACCCAAGACGCCUGUCAGUCAGUCGCGCAGUCUGUAUGAGCUGACUACCAGUCCCUUGGACAACUCGCUCUAUGGCACGCCCACUCCUCACGGUGUCCGUCUCCCUUCCACACCCAGUCGUGUUGGUUCUCAGAGCAAGAGUACCUAUGGCUUCGGACAGGUUCCUGAGAAGCUUCGCACUCCUGACAGCAGCCCCCUGGCUACCAGAAUCCAGCUUGCUCAGCACAUCGAAGCCUCUCGUCCUCCUUCCAGAGUCGGUUGCGACGACUAUGAGCAGGAGGAAGGCAACAACCAGCCUCACUGGGUGUCCAUGCUUGUUGACAACGAGUAA